UUUAUUUAUUUAUUUUCCCCGAUACUUUACACUCCGAACUUCCAAGCUUAUAUAUAUCCCAAAAAAGGGGGAAAAAAAACCCAUACAAAGAAAUCUGUAUUCACAUAAUCCAAGAUCCUAUUCCACAAGAACCCACCAAGUCUCAAUCUUUGCACAUGCCUUUUAUUCUGUAUUCAGUUCUUUCUACGGUGGGGGACUCCAAGAAUUUUAGUUGGUUGAAGGGAGUUUAAUUUCGAGCUCUGAUCCUCCAUUGAAGACCUUUUUGUCAGCUGUGACAGCACUUAUAUGAUAUAUCUGCUUGGUGCUUCUGCUCCUUUAUUUCUAGAUUAACGAAUUCGAGAUGGUAUAUGAGGCUGGUGGCACAUCCCAUGACGGCCCUGAUGACCGUGAUGAUGAUGAUGAGGACGAAUUUGAGGAUGGUGGUGGGGGCAACCAUCUUUUGGGUUUCAUGUUUGGAAAUGUUGACAACUCCGGUGAUCUUGAUGUUGACUACCUUGAUGAGGAGGCAAAGGAGCAUCUUGGAGCUCUGGCAGACAAGCUUGGUCCAUCCCUGACAGAUAUAGAUUUGUCAGUGAAAACACCACAAACACCUUCUGAUGCUGCUGAACAAGACUAUGAUAAAAAGGCAGAAGAUGCUGUUGAUUAUGAAGAUAUUGAGGAGCAAUAUGAAGGGCCGGAGGUCCAAGCAGCUACAGAAGAGGAUUUUUUGUUGCCAAGAAAGGACUAUUUUUCUAAAGAAAUAUCAAUGAGUACUUUGGGGAAUAUCAAUUCUGUCUUUGAUGAUGAAAAUUAUGACGAGGAUGAUGAAUCAGAAAAGAAGGACGAGGUGGCCGAAAGCAAUAUUGAAGUGAAAUCCAUACUUUCAGCAGGGGAAAAGAUUGAUGAAGAUGCUUCAUCUGGGGAUGCAUUUGAAGAUGCGCUUGAAUCUGAAUUCUUGACCGCUGAUAUUGUAGAUUCUGAGGAGGAGGUGCCAGUGGGCUUAGAGGAGCCAUCUGGGGGCAACGAUUCAACUCUGCUGCCUAUUCUUUGUGUUGAAGAUGGAUUGGUGAUUCUACGUUUUUCAGAAAUUUUUGGCCUUUAUGAGCCUUUAAAGAAGUCUGACAAAAGGGAGCGCAAAUAUCCUGUUCCUAGAGAUAAAUUCAAGACUAUGGAUACUCCAGAAAAUGUUGAAGAAGAUGAGGAAACAUUCUUGAAGGGAUCCGGCUUAGAUGUGUCUGGUACGAGACAAGCCCAAGUGGCUCAACACAAUGUUUUAACAUUUAUGGACGAUGAUUUAGGAUCGGGGAAGUUUGGUGUUAUCCAGGAAGAUGGUAAAAUUGAUGCAGAAGUUGACCAGUGUAGAAAAGAUUCUUGUCAGAGUUCUGAACCAUUUAAAGAAGAUUUGCCAGUGAUGCUUCCUCCAGAGUGGAACUCACCUAUUUGUCCAAAGUUUUACCCUCUUGAUCAACUAAACUGGGAGGAUAGGAUAAUUUGGGAUAAUUCUCCCGCACAGAGUUCCUGUAUUGAAGAGAGUUGUGAGAUGUCUGGACCUGAUUCUGACGUACUGGGUGAUAAGAAUUUCGAGGCCGAUACUCACCCUCUGGUGUCAGAUCUUGAAAGAGAACGUUGUGAACAUGAACAUCCUUUUCGUCAUGGUUUUUCCAUAUCACCAGAGCCCUUUGGUUCAGGAAGUCUUUCUGAACCUUCAAAACUGCCUUACUGUGAAAGAAUGUAUCAUCCUCAACUUUUAAGGUUAGAGUCUCGAUUUGAUCAAGAUGAUCCAAAUAAUACUGACCUUGGACAUGAAGGAGGCUCUGAAAAAGUUCUAGGUAAUGGUGUCAUAAGCCGUUUUAAUAGGCUCAUGUUAGAGAACGGAGAUCUGCAGGAAGGAUCUUGGUUGGACAAUAUAAUUUGGGAUUCAAAUCAGCCCAUUUCAAAGCCGAAGCUGAUAUUAGAUUUCCGAGAUGAACAAAUGCUUUUUGAAAUUCAAGAUAAUAAGGACAGUAAGCAUCUUAGGCUUCAUGCUGGUGCUAUGAUUAUAACCCGUUCAGUCAAGCCUAGUACUGGUGACUCUGUCGAGCUACAUAGUCAUGGAGGUCUUUCAGGAGGUAGGUUUAACAUCUCAAAUGACAAAUUUUACUCAAAUAGGAAAUCUUCCCAGCAGGUGAAAUCACAUAUGAAGAAGCGUACAGCUCAUGGUCUCAAAGUUCUGCAUUCAAUUCCAACACUUAAGCUGCAGACGAUGAAAGUUAAGCUAAGCAAUAAAGAUAUUGCUAAUUUCCAUCGACCAAAAGCUUUAUGGUAUCCUCAUGAUAAUGAGGUGGCACUGAAAGAACAAGAGAAGCUGUCUACGCAAGGACCUAUGAAGGUCAUAUUAAAGAGUUUGGGAGGCAAAGGAUGUAAACUUCAUGUGGAUGGCGAGGAGACCAUCUCUUCAGUUAAAGCUAAAGCUUCAAAGAAGCUAGAUUUUAAAUUGUCUGAGCCAGUUAAAGUGGUUUAUUCUGGAAAGGAGCUAGAAGACCACAAGACUCUUGCUGCACAAAAUGUGCGACCAAACUCCUUGUUGCACCUUGUUCGUACAAAAAUCCAUUUACUACCCAGGGCACAAAAAAUCCCUGGUGAGAACAAGUCUUUGCGUCCUCCUGGGGCAUUUAAGAAGAAGUCCGAUCUUUCAGUAAAGGAUGGUCAUGUCUUUCUGAUGGAAUACUGUGAAGAAAGACCUUUACUCCUGGGAAAUGUGGGAAUGGGUGCAAGACUGUGCACUUACUACCAAAAGUCUGCCCCUGGUGAUCAAACAGGGAACUUAAUGCGAAAUGGGAAUAACGGAUUGGGGAGUGUUUUAAUCCUAGAUCCUGCUGAUAAAUCCCCUUUUCUUGGGGACAUAAAACCUGGUUGCAGUCAAUCAUCUCUCGAAACCAAUAUGUAUCGAGCACCUAUAUAUCAGCAUAAGGUGUCAUCAGCUGAUUUUCUAUUGGUCCGAACUGCAAAAGGAAAACUUUCAAUAAGACGAAUUGACAGGAUUGAUGUUGUUGGACAACAGGAGCCUCACAUCGAGGUAAUGUCCCCUGGAUCAAAAAGUGUUCAAACAUACAUUAUGAACAGGUUGAUGGUGUAUAUGUACCGUGAGUUUUCUGCUGCUGAGAAGCGUGGGUUACGGCCUUCUAUACGCGCUGAUGAGUUGUCUGCACAGUUUCCCAGCCUAUCAGAAGCAUUUCUUCGGAAAAGGCUAAAACAUUGUGCUGAUUUGCAGAGAGGAUCAAAUGGACAGCUUCUUUGGGCUAUGAGGCGCAAUUUCCGCAUUCCUUUGGAGGAGGAACUAAGGAGGAUGGUGACACCAGAGAAUGUUUGUGCCUAUGAAAGCAUGCAAGCUGGCUUGUACAGGCUCAAGCGGUUGGGAAUUACUAGGUUAACUUCACCAACAGGCCUGUCGUCUGCAAUGAAUCAGCUUCCAGAUGAAGCUAUUGCGUUAGCUGCUGCAUCUCAUAUUGAAAGGGAGCUGCAAAUAACACCAUGGAACUUGAGUAGCAACUUUGUUGCCUGCACAAAUCAGGACAGGGAAAAUAUUGAACGUUUGGAAAUUACAGGUGUUGGUGAUCCAUCUGGACGUGGGCUAGGUUUCAGUUUUGUUCGUAAUACUCCUAAGGCACCUGUAUCAAAUACAAUGGUGAAGAAAAAGGCAGUUGUUGGUAAAGGUUCAACAGUAACCGGUACCGAUGCCGAUCUACGCAGAUUGAGCAUGGAAGCUGCACGAGAGGUUCUCCUCAAAUUCAAUGUACCAGAGGAGCAAAUAGCUAAGCAGACUAGGUGGCAUCGAAUUGCUAUGAUUCGCAAGCUUUCAAGUGAGCAAGCUGCAUCAGGGGUCAAGGUAGAUCCAACAACAAUCAGCAAGUAUGCUCGUGGCCAAAGAAUGUCGUUUAUGCAGCUGCAGCAGCAGACGAGGGAAAAAUGUCAGGAAAUAUGGGAUCGACAAGUUCAAAGUCUUUCUGCUGUUGAGGGUGAAGAAAACGAAAGUGACUCUGAAGCCAACAGUGACCUAGAUUCCUUUGCUGGGGAUUUGGAAAAUCUUCUGGAUGCAGAAGAGUGUGAAGAUGGUGAAGAUGGUAAUAAUGUUUCCAAGAAUGAUAUCAUUGAUGGGGUUAAGGGGAUUAAGAUGAGAAGGCGACCUUUCCAAGCACAGGCAGAGGAGGAAAUUGAAGAUGAGGCUGCUGAAGCAGCUGAGUUGUGCAGAAUGCUUAUGGAUGAUGAUGAAGCUGAUAGAAAGAAGAAGAAAAAAGUUAAAGUUGGAGGGGACCAAGUUCGGUUGGGUUCAGUCUCGCAAUUGAAGCUUGGUGUUGAGAAUGUUGAGCGAAUACAGAAAACGAACAAUGUUAUCAAGAGAAACAUACAACUAGAUGGACAACCUCUAGCAAAGGAGAAUGCCACUAGAGAUCGUAAAGAGGACGAGAAUAUUUCAGCUAAAAAGAACUUAUCCGGGAAACUUAAAGCAAAGAAGAAGAAUGACAUGGAACAGAUGGAGCUUCUAAAAAAGAAAGUUAAAAUAUUGGGUGAUGGAAUUAAGAUUGUCAAGGAAAAGAAAUCAGCAAGAGAGAGUUUUGUCUGUGGGGCUUGUGGCCAGCUUGGUCAUAUGAGGACUAAUAAAAAUUGCCCCAAAUAUGGUGAAGAUGUUGAAACACGUGCUGAAAACAACGAGCCGGAGAAGAACUUAGGGAAAGUUGGUAUUCUGGAUCAGGCAGAUCAACCCCAGCAGAAAACUUCUACAAAGAAGCUCAUACAGAAAAGUGCAACCAAAAUUGCUGUGGUUGAAGCCCACGAGGAUGACAAGUCUAGUACAAAGGCAAAAAUUCUGAAGGUCAAAUGUGGCACAACUGACAAACCCCCCGAUAAGCUCACUCCUGCCACAUCACAGAAUUCUGACAAACCUGUAACUUCAGAUGCUGAAACAGUACAUAAAUCUGCUGUCAAAGUAAACAAAAUUAUUUUUUCAAACAAAACUAAACCGGAUGAUAUGCUGGUUGAGUCUCAAAAGCCUUCCAUUGUUAUAAGGCCACCAGCAGAGUCUGAUAGAGACCAGCCUCGCAAGAAAAUCAUAAUCAAACGGCCAAAGGAGGUUAUAAAUGUGGAUGACGUAAGUCAGGAAGGAAGUAGUGGAAUUGAGUACCGGAAAACAAAAAAAAUUGUUGAAUUGACAAGUGUUGAUAAGCAUAGGGUGCGAGAAAGCAAAUAUUUCACUGACCAAGCAGCAAGCAAGAAGAACAGAGAGGAGAAGAGAUGGUUGGAAGCGGAGGAGAAGAGGAGGUUUGCUAUCAGACAAAAAGAAGAAAGAGCCCGAAGGUAUUUGGAGGAACAGAAAAGGGCGAUGGAAGAGCGGGAUAGAUUUUCCGAGAUAAGACGAUAUGAAGAAACCAUCCGCAGGGAGAGAGAAGAAGAAGAACGUGAAAAGGCAAAAAAGAAGAAGAAAAAGAAGAAAAGACCUGAAAUUAGAGAUGAUUACCUGGAUGAUUUUCCUCCCAGAAGAAAUGACAGGAGGAUACCAGACAGAACAGCAAAGAGGAAACCAGGACCUGAUACCGGAAGAUACAGUGCUGGCUAUGGCCCAGCAACAAAGCGCAGACGAGGAGGAGAGGUUGGCUUGUCAAACAUCCUGGAAAGCAUUGUGGAGACUCUCAAGGAGAAGCAAGAGAUUUCCUAUCUUUUUUUAAAGCCAGUUUCCAAGAAGGAUGCUCCUGACUACCUUGAUAUCAUAAACCGACCGAUGGAUCUGUCCACAAUCCGUGAAAAGGUGAGGAGGAUGGAGUAUAAAAGAAGCGAAGAAUUUAGGCAUGACAUAUGGCAAAUCACCUUCAAUGCCCAUGCGUACAAUGAUAGACGCAACCCAGGUAUUCCUCCAAUGGCUGAUCAGCUUCUGGAGCUUUGUGACUAUUUAUUAGAUUUGAAUGAUGCUGACUUAAGGGAAGCUGAAGCUGGUAUUGAACAUGGAGAUUGAUAGGGAAUUUUUUUGAUGUGCCUCUUCAUUCCAGUUAAUUUAGAGAAUCCCUUAGUGAGAGCCUUUUUUUUUUUUUCUCGCUUCUCUCCUUUCUUGGGGUUCCUAGCACCUGGGGGAUGGAAAAACGUCCCCAAUCUGUAGAAUCUGUCUGUAUAUUCUGAGUUUUCUGUGACAUAUACGCCCUGUGACUCUUGUCUAUUUAUACAAGAGAAAAGGAAAUAGAGAAUAUAAUACUUAGAGCUCCUUAUUUUUGUUC